GGUAUUGUGGGAAUUCCGGAAACUCUCCUGGUCGUAUAUUAUACGGGGUAGCAGAAGUAUGAGACGAAAGUAGAAAAGUAAUACUGGCAUCCCUCUGUUUUGAAUCAAGAGUCCACUGAGUUCUCACUAGUUGUUUCUAUCAUCAUCCUAAGUUUCGUGUAUAAGCAAAAGUAAAAAGUUACAGCGCAACAACAGCCGUGCUUGAGUUACCAUUCUUCUGUCUUUUUCGUUGCAUCUUGCUUCUCCCGCGUAUUCCUCAACGAAAUCUUCAAUUCCGUUCAAAAUGCUUGGUCCAUUGAACAUCAAUCUCUCCGAAUUUGGAGUUUCGACAGAGAAUGGGUUCCUUCCAGAUGUCAAUCCUCUUCCAAGAUUGAGUGCCUAUGUCGAGUGGGAAGAUUUGGUAGAUGAGAUCCCCUUUUUACUCAAAGAAGGGUUGUUCAGACAGCAUGCCGAUGCUUUACCCAUACUCGAUACAUCGAGUUUACAAGAGGAAGAUGAAUGGCGAAGAGCUUACCAUUUGUUGUCUUUCAUGACACAUUCAUACAUUUGGGGAGGAAAAGUUCCAUCAGAGUUAUUACCCCCUCAGAUAUCAAAACCCUUCCUGGUCGUCUCAUCCCACCUCGGCCUUCCCCCCACCGCCACAUACGCCGCUCUCAAUCUCUGGAACUUCACCAGCAGCUCCCCAACACAAGAUCUCACCGAUCUAGACAAACUCUCCUGUCAACACACCUUCACCAAUACCCCCGAUGAAUCCUGGUUCUACCUCGUUUCCGUGGCCAUCGAAGCCCGCGGCGCAGAAGUCAUCCCCUUGAUGAUAAAAGCUAUGAAUGCCGUUCGCUCCGACGAGCCAGAAGUUUUAAUAUCCUGCCUCGAAAACUUCUCAGCCUGUAUAAAAGAUUGUGGUAUUAUCCUUGAACGGAUGUAUGAAAAAUGUGAUCCCGAGGUCUUCUAUCAUAUUAUCAGACCCUUCCUAGCAGGGAGUAAAAACAUGUCGGCAGCUGGUCUGCCUAGAGGUGUAUUCUAUGAUGAAGGCAAUGGAAGUGGGGAAUGGAGAACGUACAGUGGAGGAAGUAAUGCACAGAGUAGUUUGAUACAAUUCUGGGAUGCAGUAUUGGGUGUCAAACACGUACCUACUAGACCUAUGGGCAAACCACAGAGUGAAACUGUGGAGCCCAAGAAAGGUUGUCAUGGAUUCCUAGAAGAAAUGCGCAACUACAUGCCAGGCACACACCGCGCCUUCCUCAACCAAAUCUCUGAAAUCUCUCCCAUCCACAACUACGUCGACUCAUCAAUCUGUUCCUCCUCCGUCACCAAAGCCUACAACCAUGCUGUCGAAACCCUCACUGAAUUCCGCAACAUCCACAUCCAAAUUGUAACACGAUACAUCAUUAAUCCAUCUCGGAAAGCGAUGGCUCAAGGCACGGAGAAAGAAAAUGCGGGGUUGAAUUUAGCAGUUGCGACAACGAAGAAGGGAGGGAAGGAUGUUAGAGGAACGGGAGGAACACAGCUGAUUCCAUUUUUAAAACAGAGUAGAGAUGAGACGAGAAAUAUGACUGUGAAUGUUGUGGAGAGUCCGUGAAUGAGGGAUAAAACGUUGAAGAUGGAUGUAUAUAUGGGAUGGCGUUUAGACACGAUUCAUGAUAUAGAUAAUAAUACCCAAUGAUGUUUUGAAGCA